GGGGGCUCCUCUUGCAGCCACGCGGCGCGUUGAUCGACCUUGUCGUGAUUCGCUGCCGUUCCGUGGUCGGCUGGUGGCACGGCGUCUUCUUCGGUGGCGACGCCUCCUUCGUCGGCGGCAAGUUGGCCUGCGUCCACCACCUUGAGGGCGAUUUUUUCCUGUUGCUUUCCUUCUACAGUGCCUCCUGCUCUUACGGCACCGUGCCGUGA